CCGUAGUUGGAAGGAAACGGCUACUGACAUUUGGCAAACCGAGCAGGCAGGCCGAUGUUUUGGAGUUUGAAACUUGGAUUUUCAGUGGAUGAAAGGGGGAAGGAAUAAUUGAGUAUGAGAUUGUGAGAGGUUAGGUCUUGAAUUUGGGAUUUUAGGGUUUAAAUGGGUAGGGUUUUUCUCGUUGAAUUGGAAGGCAGGUCUUAUAGCUGCCGCUACUGCAAUAACAAUGUUGCUCUUGCCGAUGACAUCCUCUCUCGGACUUUCAAUUGCAGCCAAGGGAGGGCGUUCCUUUUCAACAGCGUAGUGAAUGUAACAUCUGGACCUAAGGAGGAGAGGUUGAUGCUUUCUGGUAUGCACACCGUGGAGGAUAUCUUUUGUUGCUGUUGCGGAGAACUUCUUGGAUGGAAAUAUGUAACUACACAUGACAAAUAUCAAAAGUACAAGGAAGGGAAGUUUGUUCUUGAGAGAUGGAGAAUAGUUGAGGAGAUGAUGGAAGACUUAAAUGGAGAGGCUUAUCCUAGUUCAAGCGAUAUGGAUAAUCCUUAAGGACCAGUGGGAAACCAAAGCAGCCACUGGAAAAGGAAAAGGCAGGGAAGUAAGUUGUUUGCAGUGCAGUAGAAGCUCGUGUUAGCUUUUUGGAAGGACAGGAGAUGGCCCACCGUAUUGACUAACAGAGGAUAAAGCAAAGCAGCAAAGGGGCCGCAUUGAGGCGUAUUGCUUGCUGCUGUUGCUGCUGCUGCUGCUCGGCUAACCCCGCCGUACACGACGAGUGAGACUGCGGCGGGCUCAUUUAAAAUGUUAUGAAUCAGUAAAAGGGGGAAUGAAUGAUCAAAUAUCAAUUAUGAUAUGAAUGAAUGAUGUUGUUUA